GGAGGAGGAGGAACUGCAGAAAAAAGUUAGUCUAAAAAUGGCUUCCUUUUCUUUGGAGGCAGGAGUAGAAACUGAAAACUCCUCGCCAGAGUCGGCUCCCGAAUCAGGCAAGUUGAAAGAAGAGAAUGCGGACCCCGACGACGAUUCAGAGCAGUUGUUUGAAACUUUUGAGAACUCUGCGCUUAGCUUCUCGACCGACCAGUUAGCAUGUCUGUGCGAGGCGCUUCUACAGGCGGGCAAUGUGGAUCGCCUGUGCAAAUUCCUCGCCUCCAUCCCUCCGACGGCCGACCUGCUACGUGGCAACGAGACCCUAUUGAAGGCCCAAGCAUUGGUAGCUUUUCACCGGCAGGAAUUCAAGGAGAUGUACGCAAUUUUGGAGAGUCACUACUUCCAUCCAAGCAAUCACGGGUACCUCCAGGACCUUUACUUGCAGGCGCGCUACAAAGAGGCAGAGAGGUCCCGGGGUCGUACUCUCGGCGCAGUUGACAAGUAUCGACUGAGGAAGAAGUUUCCCCUGCCAAAAACAAUCUGGGACGGAGAGGAGACCGUGUAUUGCUUCAAGGAGAAGUCUCGCAACGCGCUGAAGGAAUGCUACAAAAGCAAUAGGUACCCGACUCCAGACGAGAAGAGAAACUUGGCGAAAGUCACCGGGCUCUCCCUCACUCAAGUCAGUAACUGGUUCAAGAACCGUCGCCAGAGAGAUCGAACCCCGUCUGGUGCCAACAGUAAAAGUGAGUCUGAUGGCAAUCACAGUACAGAGGACGAGGCCAGCAGGGGCGGCCUGGAAGACGUCAUAUUGACACCUGUCGCCCACGACAACCCUGGCUGCACCACCGCUUCCCUCAUCUCCCUCUCUGGCGCCCCCUGCAGCUCUGGAGGUCAGCUGCUCCUCAACGGUACCAGUGGUUUCCUCACCACCUCUCACUCCCUGCUUCUGAACGGAGGCUCCCUGCUUUCGGGGCCCGGAGGGGGGGUCAUCAUCAAUGGCCUUACCCUGAGCGAUGGGCACACCAUCCCCCUGAGCCCCGUAAUGGGCAGCUCCCCUCUGCUCCUCAACGGGGCCCAGAUCAUACCCAAAUUAGCCGGCGGCAUGGACCUCGCUCCAGAGGACCAGGCCGGAGCCAACCAAGCUGCCCUGCCCACCAUUGUCCUGAACCCUGGCGUCAAUCCCAACGCUGCCAUGUCUCUCCCGCUGCCGGGAGACACCAAGCCGACCCCGAGCAGUGCCGGACCCACGGUCAUCGCCACCGUUGAGUUCAUCAGCUCCCUGGCUGUGCAGGACGGUCUAGCGAUGAAGCCUGACAACGACCCCCAGACCCUGUCCCCCACCUCUGCCGCCUCCUCCUGCUGCACCUCCCUGUCCACCCUCCCGUCUUCGGUCCUUUCCCACGCCAGCAGGCUGUCUGAAACUCACGCCCUGGUGGCCCGGUCCCAGCCCGGCCAGGUGGUGCCCAUGCCCGCCCAGAACCCGGAGGUGGUGGUGUUCGCCACUGCUGGGUCUCAGCUGACCCCCAGUAGUCAGAUCUGCCAGGUGGUCUCGUCCUCCUCUGGCCCCAUGCCCCAAAUCCUGUCUCUGCCCCAGGUGGUCCCCUCCAUCCAGGGUGUUCCUGUGUCCCAGCUGGUCCAGCACCCGGCUGGCUCACAGGCCUCCCCGUGCCCUCAGCUGGUGCCCGUGUCCCCCAUCACCGCACAGCUCCCCCACGGCUCCCCCGUCCCGCAGUUCCAGCCUCAGACCCUCCACAUCGCCUCCCGCCUGGCCCCCGUGCAGCAGCUGCUGGGGUCCUCCACGCCAGGCGAGGGCGCUGCAGGCAUUCCCCAGCAGCCGCAGCCAGGGCUGGCCCUCCAGCUGGGUGACCAGCUGGCCCCGGCUGGCACCCCCCUGUCCACCCACAUGCCCGGGACCCAGAUCAUCCCCAUCUCCUCCCCAACGCAGGUGGUCCCCGCAGCGUCCCAGACAGGCCAGGCCACCACAGCCCACCUCGUCCCCCUGUCACUGCCCCAGCUGGUGCCCGUGUCCUCCGUGGCCUCUGCCUCCUUCCCCCAGGUGGUGCCGGCCUCUCCCUCCCUCUCUUUCUCUUCGGCCGGCGGUGCCUUUCAGAUCCUGACCUCGACCGCCGGCCCCAGCAUGGCCAUGGCCCAGGGGCCAUUCAGGGUCAACCAGCUGCAGACCGUGGGGGCCCCUGCUGGCAAUGCCCCGGGGGUCCAGUUCCUGAACUCUGCGCCCCAGCUCAUUCAGUUUCCUGCAGGCUCCCCGGCGGGUAACCUGGUCCUCACGGGAGGGCCCCAUUCUCAGCUUGCUGGAUGCAGCCCCAUUCUCAGCAUCCAGCAAGGCAAGCUGGUCCUGACCAUUCCGGCGGGGGUGCAGUUCGCCAACCUGCCCCUCAAGCCUGGUCUGGAGGAGCCCUCCGCCGCCACCAGCAUCGCCCCCAGCAACGGGGCCAUGCCCCUCACGCCGGUCAUCUCCCUGGCGCCCGCCCCUGCCCCGGCCCUCAUCUCCUCCGCCUCCCCCGCGCUCUCCUCCGCCUCCUUCCAGACUCCGGAGGUCUCCCUCGGGUUCAUCGGCUCGCCCGCGCUCUACUCCAGCCCGCAGCCGGGGGCCCCGGCCACGCCCGCCUCGGGCGGGGCCUCCCCGCCGACGCCGCAGCCGGCCCUCAGCCCCGAGAGCCUCCUGUCCCGCAGCCCCGCCUGCUCGGGCCCCCUGGCCCCGGCGCACCUCCCCUCCUCGGCCUGGAGCCCCGUGUCCCUGCCCGGGGGCCCCGGCCUGGCCCUCUUCGACGUCCGUGGGAAGGGGGACCUGGCGGACGAGCAGGGCCUGCUGGGGCUGCCCGGCAGCGAGGGCCUCCUCCUCGGGACCUCCCCUCUGGACGGGGACGUCGGCGGCACGCCGAGGGGGAUGGAGGACCCCGACGACGUGGACGGAGACCCCAAGAUCCUCACCCAGCUGCAGUCUGUACCGGUGGACGAGGACUUGGUUCUGUGA